AUUUUAACGGAUAACAGCGUGGAAAUGGCGAAUUACCAGCCUUACGAUAAAAGACAUAGAGAUCUCCAAGAAGAUGUUCGCCCAGCCAACAGUCGGCUCUUUAUUUUGUGUAGUAAACAAGCAACAGAAGAUAUGUUCCAGAAAGAAUUCGAGCGAUUUGGAGGAAUUGAAGAUAUCUGGGUUGUGAAAGAUAAACGUUCAAACGAAAACAAAGGAGUAACUUACAUUAAAUAUGGAAAAACAUCAGAAGCAGCAUUAGCCAUGGAAGAGAUGAAUGGUAAAUCUCUGGAUGGAGACCCUAAACCGUUAAAGGUGAUGAUUGCAAGUAGUAAAAGAGAAGGAUCCAUCAGAGACCCAAAAGAAGAUGAGAAGAAUCUGAGAUUGUUCGUAAUUGUACCCAAGUCAUAUAGCAGGGAUGAUCUCAGAAAGGAGUUUGAGGAAUUUGGUGAUAUUGAUUCUGUAUCCUUGGUAACAGACAAGUAUUCAGGUGCCAACAAAGGAUUUGGAUAUGUUAGGUUUCAUCGAGCAUACCAUGCUGCUCUGGCUUUUGAAGGGUGUGAUCCAGCAUUUAAGCCUAAGUAUGCUGAUCCCAAGCCUCAAAAAGAGCGAGAACAAGACCUAAUGUUUGAUCCAAGAGAAGUUUAUCCUGGUUAUCAGAGCGGAUACAGGGAUGUCAGGGAGUCUAGAGGGAGUCGUUAUGAGUCUGACAGAGGAGGUCGGUAUGAAGAUAAAAAUUAUCGAAGAGAUAUGCGUGGUGUGGGAGAUUCAAUGCAAGGUAUGAAAAGAGGACAUUCCGAGAUGAUGGAUGACUUUGGUGGAAAUAUGGGAGGAGGAGGAGGUUUCUCUGUGUCAAGCAGUCCAUUAGACAUCUUAGAGAGAUACCCUAGUACAGGAUCAACCCGACUUCAUAUUACAGCUCCUAUUGGAUUAUCCCAGGGUUACCUAACACGCCUAUUUAGCAUCAUCCCAGGACUUGAGUAUUGUGACUUGAAUGAAGCAACAGGACAAGCUUUUGCAAGAUACACCAGCCCUCAGUGUGCUUCAUAUGCCAGAGAUAAAUUGCAUGGUUUUGAGUACCCCAUCGGUAGUCCCUUAGUAGUAAGAUGCACAGAUGAGCAUCAAAGACCUCCUGAUCUACGUUCUUUAGGACAGUCUAGCAUGGGAUUUGACAGUUAUGCUGGUUAUGGAGGUGGAAAGACACAGGGGAAUGACAUGUUCAGAAGGGCAGCUUUGAUCUUAGAAAAUGCAGGAAUUAAUCCAGAUCGUGUUUUGGGUGGACAGCAAGCUUCUCAAGAUACUGAGAGGGUAGGGUACUGUCCCAUACCCCUACCCCCUCCUAAAAAGAUGUUACCUGAUGACACACCUGUUGCAAAAAGAUUGUUUAUUGUGUGUCAGCCGUCAGGAACACCAGAGAAGAUUUUAAGAGAUGCAUUCUGUAGAAUGGGAAAUCUGAUAGAUGUAUAUUUGUUACCAGCAAGAAACUAUGGUUAUGCUAAGUAUGCAACCAUAGAGUCUGCUAUGAAAGCUAUAGAAUUAUUACAUGGACAAAACAUUGGAGGAAAUCGGUUGAAAGUCAUUGAAGCAGAACCUACAAGAAAAGAUUUUGAUGAUGAACCAUAUAAAAAACAAAGAACCUGAAGACAUUUUUACAUGACAGCUGGAGGAAGAGACUAAGACUUUUAACCUACUGACUCACAGCAUUGGACAUAAAAUGAUGAACCGACAAUAGUUUAUGAUUGAGUAUCAAGACAAUAGAGACUUCACCACUUGACAGAUAUAUAUUGUAUACAGACAAACUAAAAGAUCAGACACAAUACUGAAGAGGAUGAUCUACAAUACUUUACAAUACAUGACCAAUGUGACAUCCAGAAGGCUACUGACUUCUUUUACCAUGAAGACACAUAUAAUCCAAAUAAAAAUUACACGUAACUGCUAUCAAAAGAAAUUUGACAAAAUAUUUUGACUUGACAAUCAAAUUUUUCCAAGAUUUAAAAUUAUAAUUUUAUAUUUGAAAAAGUUCAUACUAGGUGCAAAAAUUGGAGAAAAUGUACAUUUUAAUAUGUUAACCUCAUAGACAACAUCAAUGGGUAUUAUUGAAUCAAAUUUUAAUUAAGUUUUAUAUAAAGUGCCAUAGCUUUAUGUCUGAAACACAUUUAAAUUUGUGCUUUUGUGUUAUAUUUCCAUUCUUAACUAUCAUUCACACAAUGGUUUAAUAGACAUGUAUAUUUUUUACCAGAGGAGCUAGUUCACACGUUUUUAUACAGUCUACAGUUAAAACAUAACUGAAAAGAUCAUCUCUCUUUAAAGGGUACUAUUUCCUGAAUAUUGUUUUUUUUUAAUAAACCAUCUAAGAAUGUCUUUUCAGGGAUUGUAACUUAAAAAUUGAAAUUACCAUCUAAAAUUUUUACAUUUUUUUUGGCUGUAUUUCAUUUUACUUAAACAGAUUGAAUUUUCAUAAAAAAAUCUAAACUUUUUAGCAUUGUAUAGUUUCAUGAACAUUUAAUAGUCAGAAACCCUCACAGCACUAUUUUCCAUGUUGUAAUUAAGGUAUUAGUAUGUAAACAAGUAAUUGUAUACUUAUGGAUUAUCCCAUUUAAACAUUACAUACCUCUGUAAGGCAGUCACCUUAAAACAAUUCUAUAUUUGGAUAUAUUUGAAAUUUUGAAAUCUUUUAACUGGUCAACAAGAAACUGAAUAUCACUCUUUAUUUUGAUUUACUUUAAAACCAAACCUUCCUUGGGUAGAUGGAAUUAUAACUAACAGCCCUGAAAACUUUUCAUUGUGAUACUGAAAAUGUACUUAGACUCUUCACUUUACCAUAUUUUGUUUUAAACAUUAUUUUGAAUUACUUUAAAACAUGGGACCUCAUUACUAAAAUUGGUUCAUAUUAUCAUUCAUGUAUAAAAUCAUUACUAUCAUCAUACUUAAUGUUUUUUGUUUCAGUGUUGUUGUAGUCAUAGAUACAAUAAAAUAUUCAGAAUUUUAAAA